CCCGGCGCUGAGGCGGCCCCGGUGCUGGGGUGGGAGCGGCCCCGAGGCGGCCCCGGUUGGGUCCUGGCGGCCGCACCGGCGCUGCCCCGCGCUCACCCGCGCUCCCUCCGCCCGUGCUAGGACGCUUCGCCUCGAACUGCCCGCAGGCCUCGCUGCAGGGCCCGGCCGACCCCGAGCUGCCGCCGCGGGAAGCUCAAGUGGUUUCUCUUUAUUUCCAGGAUUUGGGGCAUUUGCUGCGGGGUCUCGCCUGUGCUGGCUCGUGUGGAGUAUUUUUGGAUGUGAAGGAUGGACUUCUCAGUGAUCACUGUUGGGCACGUACAAAAUGUGCUUUCAGCUAUGCAGAAGACCUUGGAGUGCCCAAUAUGUUUGGAUGUGGUCCAAGAGCCUGUUUCAACAAAAUGUGAUCACAUAUUCUGCAGGUUCUGCAUGUUCAAACUUAUCAGUAAAAAGAAAAAAGGUGUGGCAGAGUGUCCUCUGUGUAAGACUGAAGUUACCAAGAGAAGUCUGAAAGAAAAUUCCAGAUUUAAGCAACUAAUUGAAGGAUUAUUGGAGACUAUCCGUGCUUUUGAGCUUGACACUGGAGUGAAGUUUUUAAAGAGUCAUCGCUUUCCUAAAACAUCCACGGAAGCCACUGCUCCUGAGUCCCUGUGUAAAGAAAGUUCUGUCAUCCAAAGUAAGGGCUUCAGAAACAGGAGAAAAAGUGCUAAAGGGAAUGGACAAGAAAACUGCACCUUGCAGGAGGCUAAUGUGAAUAUUCAGCUCACAGAGACCAAAACGUGUGGUCCAAGAAACAAACCCCAGAAAUGUGACUCUUCAAAGGGUAUUUAUAUGGAGUUUGGCUCUGAAUCAUCUGAAGAGUUUUUUAAACAGGCAAGCAAAACUGGGUUUGAAGACAAAGCAGCAGAUCAGAUUUCUUCUCAAGAAAGGCUAGAAGAACUUGAGAGUGCUGAGAAAGGGAGUGAAAAUUCUUGCAACGUGCAGCCUGACAAGCUGUGUGCUAAAGAAAUAACACUACCAAAUAUCAUAGGUAAAAGGGAUUUCUCAAAGGAAGGCUUGAGCGAGAAAAGCACUCGGAGCAUCACUGAAUGUGCCAAACCUGACCAAGUGAAUGUGACUGAAUGCCAGAGUUCUGCUUUAAAUGUUCUUGCUGUAGACCUACUCCCAGAGCAGCGUGACAGAAUAGGUGCUGCCAGUCCCACAGUGAACGGGGACACAUCAUUCUUUAAGAACUCAGAAGAAAUGGGUGGAAAGCAAACCCAGUGCAACAGUAAAAACCAAGAGUUUGAUUCAGAAGAUAGCUCAGAGGGCAGGCUGGAUAAAAACAAGGAAAUGGAUGCUGAUGUACAAAAUGUGGAAGCUGUAGAGGCAUAUGAACCUGAGAAUGACUCUUCCCAUGACAAAGAGCUUCCUCUGGAGAAGCUACACCAGCCAGAGACACUUCACUCUGCCACCCUGAAUAAAGUCUCCAAGAAGAGACUGAAGCGGAGCAUUCAGAAAGUCAAUGAAUGGUUUUCAAAAAGCAAUGAGAUUCUGUCUUCCAGUUCUUCCCUGGAUGAGUCUGCUGUAUCAGCUGAUGUUUCAGGUGAAGGAGAUCUGUGUUUAUCAGAUAAAGAGUCCUGUAUUUCAGAAAAGACUGACCCUAUGGUAGAUUCCAUGGAAAUUGCAGCAGUUGAAGGAAACAAGAGGUGGUCAAAAAAACAAACAGCAGAUGACAUCAAAGACAAAAUAUUUGGAAAAACAUACAAGAGAGAGAGGAAAUCAAAUCCCCCUUCUGCCUUAAAAGACAUUUUACCUACUACAAGAAAGGAAGAUGUGGCUGCUGAUAAGUGCCUGAAUAAUUUCAGCAAAGACAGACUCAAACGAAAAAGGAAGACUGCCUGUGUCCUGCAACCUGAGGAUUUCAUCAAGAAAAAAGAUACAGAAGAAGCAGAUGGGGGCCCUCAAAGUGUUAAUUGCUGCCUUGGAGAUGCUGAAAAGAAAAGAUGUGAUGAAAGUGUUGCUGUUAAUGAGAGUCACCUUUCUCAGAAUAGAGCAAAUAAUACACUAACAGAACUUGAAGAAGCAGGAGGAUCCACAUGGAAGAAAGCUACUGAGGAGGUCACUGGCAAGCACUGUGAUGGGGAACUAGAAGUGUAUAACUGUGAUCAGAAAAGCACCAAAAAAAGAAGUUCUGCAGCAAAAAGAUGCAGGCAUUCUAGUAGAACUAUGUGUGCUCUACAGUUAGUAGUGGAUAGAAGCUCUGUUUUCCCUGAUCCAGCUGAGCCACAGAUUGAUAGCUAUCCAAGCAGUGGAGAGCCCAGGAAAGUCGAUUCUGAGCAAAAGCAAGUCAGACGCAGCAGAAGGCUUCAGUUACUUACUGAGGAAAUGACAAAAGAAACAAGAAAAGGACUAAUGGGAGCAAGAAAGAGUAACAGUGAUCAUGGAAGGUGUGCCUCUGGAGGCCAAAGGAAUGUGGUAACUGACUCUGCUGAAUGCAAAGACCUGUGUGAGCCUCGAGAUACGUUGAGUUACAAGCCAGCCACUAAUUUGAAAGGAGGUGAUCUGGAAGCAAAUGAAAUGCAGGUUAGUCUAAAGAAUUUAUCUGACACUGCAGAAACUGGGAAAAGUCUGUUCAGUCCUUCACGUCAGCCUUCAAACUGUGGUCCCACUGCACCUCACACAAGUUCUCAAGACAGAGAAAUACAAGGUAGCCCUCUCCUCCUGCAACCUCCUUCAGUGACUGCUGUGCAAACUGCUUCUCACCAGACUGAAGAGACGACUGAAUCACAUACUGCCUUUCCCCAGGAGUGUGGGCAUGAUUCACAGAGUGUUCCAGGAGACUUCAAAACUGACAAGUUGCCAAUGGCUAAAAAUGUUUUGGAGUUGACUAAGGAGGCUGAAGACAGUGAAUUAGACACGCAGUAUCUGCGAAAUAUAUUUAGGCAUUCAAAGCGCUCAUCCUUUAGCCUUUUUCAGACUCCCAGGCAGGCACAUGCAGUGGAAGGUCCUGCUUCUGAAACUUUAUCAUGUGCUGCUCAGGGAGAAAAUAAACAUAGCAAACAAUUACAACCAGAAAGCUUGCAAGAAGAGAAAACAGCUGCUCAAAGCUUGAGCAGGGUUUCUGAGCAAGAGAAGCUUAAGACCUGUGAGUCUGCCCAUGUUGAUUGUGUGUCUUCCUUUGUUGUCAGCACAGGAGAGCACAGGAAUUAUAUUUCACAGGCUGCAGGGGAAGGGACUCUGGCAGCAGUGACAAGAACAGGGACUGCUCAGACUGAGGACAAAACCAGAUUGCUACAAGAAGAGCAGGGCCAUGAAAAGCCAGUGUCAACUGAGAUAGGGAUAGAAAGUGAGUUGAGACAGAAUGCCAUGAAAAAUAGAAGCCAGAGUGAUCAGAGUAACACAGAGAAGCAUGAUUCCAAAGAAAUGGAUUUAAACACAGGCCAGGAAACAGGCUUCAGUUCAGAAAGCAAUCAAGCAGGAGAGACUGAAGUUGUUGAUUGCAAAGGACCAACUCUACAUUUUCAAUCCAAAUCAGUUAUUUGUCCUGCAGCUUGUCAGCAAAGCCCUGCUGAAUUCAGCUGUGUAGUCACUAGGACAAAAAGUAGCAAAAGAGAAAGAAAAUGUGUAAAGGGGAAUGAAGAACAAGCAGCCCAAACUGUUAGCACAGCAAUGCCUGAGUGUUUAGCUGCAGAGGCUCUAGAAGAACCUCUUAGAGGGAACAGUGAUCUUACAGGUUUGUCUGAAACUCCUGAUGGCUUGCUGUGCUCUGAUGUUGAAGAGAACACCAGCUUAUGUGAAGCUGAUAGGAAAGAGCAAUCUGCAGUGUUUGUAAAAAGUGACAAUGCCCUGGGAAAAGAACUGCACAAUAGAAAUGCAAGUUCUAAGCCAAGAUCUCGAGGCAUUCACAAGUCUCGAAGGCGAGUGCAGAAACUGCCAUCUUCAGAUGAAGAGUCCUGCGAGGAUGAAGACUUACCAUGCUUUCAGACGUUAAUCUUCAGCAAAUCAGCAAGCACACCUUUGCAGAGUGAUAAACAAAUGACAUCUGUGGUAGAGUCUCCAGUGAGUCCCAACACGUUUCCUCACGGUGUGAGUAAUGAUGACAAUGUUGUGCAGAAAGUGCCUGAAGCUGCCCAAAGUAACGUGUGUGUUUCACCAAGCCAGGAAUCAGAAUGCUCUGUCAACUUAUUUUCUUCCCAGUCCAACAUGUCUGAAGAAUCAGUUAAUGGAGCACAAGAGCUGAAGAAGCAUUUACCAGAAGCUCAUGUAUCCAAACAAAUGAGCAGUGUGAAUGACAGUGAAGAGACUUUCCAAAAUUGUGAUGGAGGGCUGAAGAGAACUGAAGAUGAAUGCCAAGAAGACCCAGACAUGGGAGCAAACCUAGGUGAAGCAUCUGGAUACGACAGCGAAAUAAGUAUUGUAGAAGAUUCAUGUGGACCACUCUCUCAGGGUGAAAUCCUCACUACACAGCAAAAGAAUGCUAUGCAAAAUAGCCUGAAAAAGCUUCAGCAGGAAAUGGCUGUGCUUGAAGCAGUGCUAAAGCAGCAUGGAAGUCAGAACUGUGAAGCUUUACCUGUCCAUAGGGAACCGCCACAUGCUGGUACUGAAGGAACAUUUGAAAUGGAUCAAAUGAGAGAAGGAAAAAGGUCUCCAGAAUUGUUGCUUCCAUCUUCUAAAUCAUCUUCAACACAGAGAUCAGAUCUGGAGAAAGGCCUUGAGUGUGACAGUGUUCUAAAGAAUGAAAGUCCCUCUGAAAAGACAAAACCUGUGCAGGAAGCAGUGCAAGAAUACAGGCAGUGUCAGCUUGAAGCAGAAAAUGCAGAGGAGCAGAAAUCUGGGACCAGGCAAAACAGCACAUCUGUCUCAUCAGAUCUUUUUGGAAAUGUGACCCAGAGUCCAAAUAACUCUUCCUCUUCUGUAGGGCUUUUUACCCCUCAAACUGCAGAAGCCACAGAUGAGCCUGUCAUACCUCAGAACACUGAUAAAAGCUGUGGCCCAGGACACAAAUUGAAGAAACGUGUUUGUUUUCCUGCACCUGUUCUGGACAAUGUAACUGGGAAAGAAAAUGCUACAAGUCCAGUUGUGACUAAGAGGAAGGAGAUGUCAAUUGUGGCAUCAGGUCUGAAUCACAGUGAGCUUUUGGUGGUCCAGAAGUUUGUGAAAAAAACUCAGAGCACUUUAUCUAAUCACAUUACCGAAGGAACAACCCAUGUCAUAAUGAAAACAGAUGAGGAGCUGGUGUGUGAACGGACACUGAAGUACUUCCUGGGCAUUGCAGGAGGAAAAUGGGUAGUUAGUUAUCAGUGGAUAAUUCAGUCUUUUAAAGAAAGAAGGAUACUGGAUGAGGAGAACUUUGAAGUUCGAGGAGAUGUAAUCAAUGGGCGGAACCACCAAGGUCCUAAGAGGGCCAGACAGGCUCUGACUGAAAAGAUCUUUAAAGACUUUGAGAUCUGUUGCUAUGGACCUGUCACUGAUAUGACUACAGAACAUCUGGAGUGGAUGGUGGAGCUGUGUGGUGCCUCUGUGGUGAAGCAGCCUGAUCUGUUCACACACACAGCAAAUUCUACUGCUGUUGUGGUUGUGCAGCCAGAUGCCUGGAAGGAAAACACGGAUUAUAGAGCAAUCCACCAGCAGAACAACGUUGCCGUGGUAACUCGGGAAUGGGUCUUGGACAGUGUGGCUUGCUAUGAGUGCCAGGAGUUCGGUGCUUACCUCAUGUCCUAAGGGUGAACAGCAAGUUCUUAUUGAUAAAAUUACUUAAACAACAUUGCCAUCUCAAGAUGGAAUUACCCACUGUUCUUUAAAGCUUUACAUUAACUUAAAGAACUAGGAAAUUAUAGAUGUUAAACAAAUUUUAAAAGUUAGAAGAUGUAGUGUAUGGCCUUCUCAGAGGAGUGGCAAUAUAUUAUUUGCUACUGCAGCCAGUUCCUGUUUAGUUACUUGAGGACAUUUUGAAGAUAGUCAUUUAAAAGAGGAAUAUUUGGCUCAGGGCUUGAAUUAAAACAGACCAGCACUCUGGAGUAACCUUCAUAUUUUCAUUUUGCUUAAAUGCAAACCCUGAAUACUAUUUUGUGAUUAUUAAUGCAUCAGCCUUGGCUGUUGAUGGAUUAUGGUGGUGUUGAAAACUCUACAUACAGCUUUCCUGUUGUGUAUCAAAGUGCCAACUCACCCUAACCAGAAACACUAUCCACAGCUAUGGUCCCCAGAAAGGCAGUGGUUGAGUCCAAGCAGAAGGCAAGCCUUAAAACCAGGAACCUGUACCAGUGUUGUCAGUCUGAUUUCUGACAAGUGUGUGUGGCACUGUGAGAGGAUAAUGAAUAGAUGCAUUUUAGUAUCUCAGUGACCCAUCAUAAGCCCAAUAAGAAUCUGCUCCUAAUAGUCUCUGCUUGCAAAAUGAGGCUGCAAAGAAAUUGGGUUUUUAUGAAAGAAAAUACCUUGCUUGUCUCUGUUGCCAAGCAAUUCAACUUGAUACCUAAUUUUGUAGUUAGAGAGCAGAAAGAGAAUCUGGUCUCAUGAACUGGGUACUUUAAAAAUGUAGCUAAGUUCAGAAAAUUCUUUUGUGAUAAGAUGCUGCUGUCUUGGAAAGUUUAAGAAAGUCUGUUUAUAUAUAUUUGAAUGCACAAAGGAAAUAAAAUUAUUUUGGCAAGUA